GCCUCCUGUCACCAUGGGUCUGGCACGCCCACGGGCAGCUGUCAGUCGGCUUUAUCGGCGCGCCAGUGGCGGUGAGGGCUCAUGCUCGGUCCGACCAUGAACAAACAGGACGUACAGCUGGUGAACGAAGGGGAUAUAGACCAUCUUGUGGCUCGUCUGGAGGCACACGGCCCAAUCACAGCGAAGUCGAGGUGUCUGCUGCUUCUGAUUCAGCGCGGCGUCAACACGUGCAAGCAUUGGAUCUACGCAAGCCCCGACACGUCGAAGCCGCUAGUGUCUAUUGUAAUUACGUUGGCCGCGCCUGACUUGCACGUGGUCGACGCCUUCGCGCCGGAGGACGCAGCCAGCAUGCGUCGCCUGGCUGCCGCCAUGCUGGCGCCUGAGUUGCACGAACAUCUGUGGCGGGUGCCGUUCCGUGCCGACUGCUGGCCCUGCUACCUGGAGCCGGUGCUGGACUACGUCCGUCACCAGAGAGAGUUCAGCUCCAGACUCAUCGAAGCCAACACGUUGUUCGUCAAGGAGGCGUCUUCGCCGGCCGAGGAUGUGCUGACCCGCUGCCCGCCGGGCGUCUCCGUGAGGCCGCUGGACGGCAUACACCUGGACACCGUCAAGCGUUUCUGGCCGUACACAGCGGUUACCCCCGAUGCCGACGGUGUGAUGCGCGACGGCAUGACGGUGGGCCUCAGCGUCGGCGUGUUUGUCGCCGUCGACAAUGACGUGGCGUCAUCACCUGACGGCGAGCUCGUCUGCUGGGUGCUGCUCAACAGAAACGCGUUUCUGGGCUUCCUGCACACGCUGGAGUCGCACCGGCGGCGAGGCCUGGCGCGGCUGGCGAUGGCCGAGCUCACACGGCUCUUCCUGCAGCGCCGCCUGCCCUGCCUGGUCGCAACCGCCGUGCCGUCCGUGAUGAACAUGAUGAAACCGCUAGGCUACAGUUCGGUCUGCAACGUGUUCUGGGCGCAAGUCUAUCCAGCAGAAGUCGGUGCGACGCAAGAAACGGAGUAAGAUGAUGGCGUCCAGCAGCCGGGCGGUCCGACGAGAACAUUAUCGUAGCGCGUAUAACUGCCGGUCAAAGUUUAUGAAUACAAACUUUGAAG